GUACCUUCUCAUCAAUUAAUAAAAACAAUUGAAACAUGAAAUUUCUUUUAAUCGUCUUACUCUUCACUCUCCUUAUUACUUUCUCUAUUGCAGAGUUUAAUGUUGUUGAUUAUUGUGUGUCAAAUUUAAAACUCCCCAAAACUCCGGCAGGUUACCCUUGUGUUAAUCCCGAUAAGCUUACAUCAGAUGACUUUAUUUUUACCGGUUUUCAUAAUCCUGGUAACUUUGAUACUAUCUUUAAAUUUGCUGCCAUUCUAGCAAAUGAAGAAACAUUUCCUGCCUUAAACGGCUUAGGCCUUACUAUGGCACGCUUAGACUUGGCUGUAGGCGGAGUUGUUCCAAUUCACACACACAGAGUGUCAGAAAUUAUUAUUGUCAUCGAAGGAACAAUCAUAGCCGGUUUUAUUGGAACAAAUAAUACUGCGUAUUACAAAAUAUUAAAUAAGUAUGAUGUUAUGAUUUUUCCUCAUACUUUACUUCAUUUUCAAGUUAACGUUGGUGAUACUCCUGCUCUCGCAUUUGUUAGCUUAAACAGCGCAAAUCCUGGAUUUCAAACUGUUAGUGUAGCAUUAGGUGCAAAUGACCUACCAACUGAAAUAAUCUCAAAGAUCACAUUGUUGGAUGAACAACAGGUAAGGAGGUUGAAGUCAAUCUUUGGUGGCACUAACCAAUUGAUCAUGUAAGGGGAAAAAUAUGAAAUAUGAAAUAUGAAAUACGAAAAUACUUAGAUGCUUAACUAAAUAUUUACAAAUAUACAAAGUAUAUAUUGAGAUAUAUUCUCUAACAAAUCUUAUUGAAAUAAUUAAUUCAAUUCUAUACUGGAUACGAUGUACGGUUGCAUUACAUAAUAUAAUUUAAUGUAUUAUGUAUAAUGUAUUGUAUAAAUGCGGAUUAUGUGUAUAUUUUUUUUUAA